GUAAAUAUUGCGUACCCGCGAUUCGAAUCAUGCAUUCUAACCGCUUCUGUACACGGACCGAACGUCGUCGUUGACAAAGGUAACAAGAAAAACACCGUGGGACGGUGUUUCGUCUUGUCACGCCUCGCACGUUGCCGCAAACACGCGUCGAGUCGUAGGCUUCGAUAUACUUUCGCCUUUAUACCUCUGAGCCCCGGUGAAUUUCAAAUAUCAAUCGAAUUUAUCGUCACGAGUCUCGCUGAGAGGAGCGCGUCACGCAUUGUCCAAUUGUUUGAAAGCCGGCAGUUCGUUUUGGAAAGUAUAUUAACGCGCAUCGGUAACCUUGUGGGUGAAUUUUGCGUUCCGUUAUUUAUUUCGUCCGCAGUGAAAUAGUUAAGUCAUUUUUUCGCACUCGGCUUCGUAUCUAUACCCGACGCGACAACGGAACGAGUAAUAUGCCACUGCGAACGAAGCCCAUCGAUCGCACAGAGGAGCUAUCGCAGCGAGAAGCAGAAAAGGGAGAACUUGAGCCUGAACCUCCUAGCGUUGAGUCCAAGUCUAAAUCUAAACUGAAAGACAACAUGGUUUCGUCAGUUUCUACCAACCCAGACUCGGAGGGUCUUAAUGACUCUGUACUGGAACUGCAAGACGAGCGUCACCCUCAGUUGACGCUGGCUUCUCUAAACAUGAUGCGUAAAAAUAGACACUUUUGCGACGUUGUCUUACAUGUCGGCAGUACCGAAGUUCAUGGACACAGAGCUGUAUUGGCAGCAGUCUCCCCGCAUCUGUUUGAACUCUUCAGUGCUGAUAAACAAGGGAACAAGGAACCCAGAGUUACCUACAAAUUGAAUGGAGGAUUCGACAAGGUCGCUCUGCAAAAGCUGGUUGAUUAUGCCUACACUUCCAGGCUUGAGAUACUACCAUCGCAGGUGAAAUCAGUCUACUUGGCAGCAUGGCAUUUGAAAAUGGAAAGGGUUUCGGCACAAUGUGCCGCUCAUCUUUUGCAUUAUCUAACACCAGGUUCAUGUCUGGAAGUUCGCGCUCUUCCAGGAAUAACCCAGAAUGAGGAUUUUGCAAAAAAAGUCGAUGCUUACAUAAGAGACCAUUUUGAAGCUGUCUGCAGCAGCCCCACUUUGUUGUCGUUGCCCUGCGUGAAAAUCGAGGUCUUGCAUCAAACUGUUCAGGAAAUGUCAUUGGUGAAUGGAACGAGUCUUUGCCACUUGGUAUUGGAUUGGGUGAAGCGAUCUCUCACAGACUCUACCAGCUUGACCGUGGAUCAUCUUACGCAAAAAACAUACUUGUUGUAUCUUGCCCUGGAUAAUAGCCUGCAAGAUUGCACGGAUUUACCUUCAGGCGACGUUAGCGAUACCGACAUUGUUCAAGAUUAUAAAAAACUUUCACUGAAAUCGCAAGCACAAUCCAAGGGCCGCAGGAAGGGUCCGUUGCAGCCAGCUAAGCCAAGAGUUCUUAUCUACUCGAGAGAUAUCGGAGAGCGGAUCGAGUCAGAAUUGGAACCAGACUGGAAUCUCAUAGGAGCAAGUAAAGUUGGUGAACAUGCUUUCUUGGCCAUUGUAACUCUGGAUGGAAGACUGACCACACUGUCGGUACAACUUCGACUCAACACACCAUCAUCGCCAUCUCCAUUGGCAACUCCAGAAAUUGUAGCUUCUAAAAAUUGUUUUGCAAACGAGCCCGAGUUGUAUUGUGCUCUCCCAACAAUGAAGGCAGGAAAAUGUGCCGUUGGUUGUGCCAAUUUGAAUGAUACGUUGUUGGUCUGCGGCGGUUACGAUAGGGUUGAAUGCUUGAAGUCUGUGGAUCAGUAUUUGCCAGAAUCAAACACCUGGCAGGUACUGUCGGGAAUGAGGGAAGCCAGAGGUCGAUUUGGAAUCGCUGUCGUUAACGGAAGAGUUUAUGCAAUCGGUGGGUCAAAUGGUUCUACGGAACUUGCUACUGUCGAAGUUCUCAACCCUGAGGCUGGAUGGAAGUGGUCAGCCGUUGCGAAUCUUCCUUUGGCUAGGUCAAAUUCGGGUGUCUGCGCUUUGGGAAGCCAGAUUUAUUGCAUCGGCGGAUGGAAUGGUCAGGCUGGUAUUAAACAGUGCGACGUCUUCGAUCCUGAGACAGGUAAAUGGUCAAGCAUCGAACCACUGAGAACUGGAAGAUACCAGGCAGGAGUAUGUGCAUAUCAAGACCGCGUCUACGCAGUAGGUGGCUGCGAUGCGUGGAACUGUUUGAAUUCUGUGGAAAUUUACAACCCAGAAGAAGAUACGUGGUCAGUGGGACCACCUCUCAUAUCAGCACGUCGAGGCUGCGGUCUUGCUGUCUUCCGCGGUCGACUUUACGCCGUUGGCGGAUCUUCUGGGACGCACAGUCUCACGACGACGGAAAUAUUCGACCCUGAAGAACAAGUCUGGGUACCAGGACCGAAUCUGGCUACACCGAGAGCUAAUGUAGCUGUCGCAGUUGUCGGAGACAGGUUGUACGCAGUAUGCGGAUUUUCUGGUAAGAAUUUCUUGAAUUCCAUCGAAUAUUUGGACGCUCACAGCAACGAGUGGACGACGUUCGUACCAAAGUCCGACGGCACAAACACACCCGCAAGCUCGCUGCAGAACAGUUUUUCAGAUCCUAGCUUGAAUGGUAAUGAAAAGAACGUGAUGAAUAUCAGCACGUCGAGCAACGCAAGUGAUUCGAGUAUGAUCAGCGAGAAAAAUGGUUCCGUGUAUGGUUCCGGAAUGGAAUCAUUGUCCAAUUUUCAAAAAAACACCACUACCACAAGUUUUGACACAAAUGUAAAUGCUACGGAUGAGUCUGAGCAAGACUCCGUCAGAUCGAGUGAUGGCACUGCUGCAACUAAUGGUACUUUAAAAAGUUCCGAUGCCGUCGUUACUACCGAAGCAAAUCCCGAAUCUCCGAUGAUUCCGCAUACGACAACAAACGGAACUACGGUAAAUGCGGGUUCUGCGAGUACUGCGAAUGGUAUACAUGAUCGAAAAAUCAGCAGGGCUGAUCUCGCGUCAAGUAAUGGAUCUCAAGAAUUCUAAAUGCAUAAUGAUUGUUGGUUUUUUAAGUCAGAUGAAUGAAAGUAUAAUAAAGAUAAAUGUAUCUCUGAUUAUUCUCAUUGCAUCUAAUAUGCGGUGGAAGAGCGAAUGAUGCGUAGGAGCGAACGUGACAGUUUUCUUCCUUUCUUUUUUAAAAAUAUUAAUAUUAUUAUUAUACGUAAGGAGAGUAAAAUAAAUUCAAGAGAAAAAAAAACGAGAACGAAAUAAAAAAUAUUUCAACAUCAUCCGUGCCAUACAGUAUGUAAAACAAUCCUUUGCGUAUUUUUAUUCGACAAAAAUUCCAUAAUUUUUGCGGAAAACAUGAAAUAAAAUUGGGUCCACAGAUUUUGUAUAUAAUAUAAUACUAUCCACCAUAUAAUACUAUCAAUUAUUAUUGUUACGUGGGUGAUAGGGUUUACAAAGAAACUCUUGUGAGGCAACGUGAAUCAGCAGCAAUAAUUUGUCAGCCUCAAAAAUACUAUGGAAGUAUUUUUAAAUUAAUAAUAUACCUGCGUUUGUCUACUUUGUUUUAACGGUACCUAUGAAUUUGAUGUUAAAAUACCUGAAAAUCACUCCUAAUCUUAAUCAGCAAAAUAUUUCAUAUUAUAUAUUCGUCGUUUGGUAGAUACUAGACUACGAUAUAUUUAAAAAAAUAUACAAAUAUAUUAUAUAUAUAUAUAUAUAUAUACAGACACGUACGACAGCAUACAUAUGAAAGAAAAUAUAUUUUUGAAAUAAUUAAAACGCGCUAAUACGCCGCCAUAGAAUUAAAGCAGGUUACAAACUGAAUUCUUUUCGACUGUUGUACCAAAUUGAACGGUUACUGUUAUAUCAAGACAUUU